AAGACGAGAGUUGUCCGAUGUGUUCAAAGUGCGCCAUUCGACCUCCGACAAAUUGUGGACUAUUGCAAAAAAAGAAACAGUGUAUGAAAAGAGAGAAACACUAUAGCGGAAAGGCUUCCAUAGUGGAGAGAAAAAAAAACUUGUUGGCGCAGUGUUGUAGAGCGAGUAGCUGAAAAACGAAAUGCGAUCUGCGAUAAUGUAGACCGGAAAUUAGCUGUUUUUCACAACAUGAUUCUCCAUCAGCGAUACAAGGAUACAGAGAGGCAACUGAGACUCGAUUGCAUUUUCAGGUCAUGUGAUUUCGACGCACAUACUCCGCUGCAAGCAGCGUAAUUGGAGCUCGAUAGAGAAAUGAGAAAAAUAUGCGCGGGAAUUCAAUUAACAGCGAUUUCCAUCUAUACGAUUUUUGCUGGUUUAUUCGAUGAGGAGAUACCUUGAUUUGGAUACAUAAUUGGUAAAUUGAUCUCUAGCGAAGAAUAAGUAUGGUGUGGUGUGAUUUGCCAUUCGAGUAGUUAUAGCCAAGUGUCGUAGCUGAAUUUGCACAUUAACUUGAUUUGUGGAAAUCUUGCAAUACAUGUCAAGCAGUCUCAGCAGCUCACGAGGCGUUUUAUUUUCGCAUGACCUCCUUGCAUACUGGAGGUUAUCUGCUGCACAGAGCGAGUCAGACUAACCGAAAAUUUCGCUGAUGGACCAUCUUUGGAAGAGGCUACAUAAGCCCGACUUUCUCACGGGCCACAACUGUGUUUCAUCCCGUUAUCCAUUGCCGCAAAUCCUUCGGGCACAUGGUUACCAAGAUGCGACUCUUCGCCCUUUUCGUUGUGGUUGCUGUCAGCUGUUGCGCUGGCAUGUCAGUCGAAGGACCUCGCCGAGCCGUUGUCACCAUUUCAAACGGAGAAAUCAAUGGCAAGAUCGUCUUUGAGCAAGCUUCACUCAAAAGCCCGGUCAAGAUCCGCGGCACCAUCUACGGCCUAGAGGCUGGUCUGCACGGAAUGCACGUGCACGAAGGCCAGCAGCUGGGAGCCGAUUGUCAUCAGGUCGGACCUCACUUUAACCCGACCGGUAAACAACACGGAGGCCCUCGUGAUGCUAACCGUCACGUUGGUGAUCUUGGUAACAUCAAGGCAAUUCCAUCAACCCCCGUUUCCCGUUCCGAAAUCAGCAUCCUAUCCCAGGUGAUGUCACUGUACGAGGACCAGCCUAACAGCGUUCUCAAUCGUGCUUUGGUCAUUCACGCUAAUGUUGAUGAUUUGGGUCGCGGUAAUGGCCCCGAGAGUCUCAAGAGCGGCAAUUCAGGCGCUCACAUCGCUUGCGGUCUUAUUUCCAACGUCAAUCUUGAAGAAGAGAAAAUCGAAGUUGACGAACAACUGGCCGGUUGCCACCAUCAUCAUGGACACAAUUGCCACCAAACCAUUAAUCACAGUCAAAACGUCCAUCAACGCUCUGUUGAGAUGAAGCCAUUGAAAGGAUUGGAGGAUUGGGCUUCUUUCGCUGAAACCGUCAAACCCGCCAAGCCCCAUGACGGUUUUGAAUUGAAAUCGAGCGUUCCCACCCGCAAUGUUUGGAAAGUUGGUCGCGUCUACGAAUACGACUACUCCGGCUUCAUUUCUACCGGUAUGAUGGGCAUCAGCCCCAUGAUCUCUGGUGGAUCCAUCUCUGGCCGCUUGGUCGUUGAGCCCGUAGAUCACAACGUCAUCAACGUUGCUCUGAGCGGCUUGACUGGCAAAAUGUUCAAUGAAGCUGUUUUGGAAGAGUUCGUUAAGGCUAACCCCGGAAGCGAUGUACCCUUGAUGGAUAAGCAGCACCUUGAGAAGCCCAUCCAAAUGAAGAUUGUCAACGGCAAGAUCGAAAGUGUUGCUAUCAGCAAGACCGAGCCUCUUUGGACCGUCAACUUCAAGCGCGCCUUGGCCGCUCAACUGCAAAUGCAGCUUGAUGGAGCUUCCGGUGUCUUCCACAAAGAAGAACUCAACUCUUACUACGCCGAAAAUACCGUCUACUACACCAUGGAGGGUUGCACCAGUGGCGAAUGCCAAACUUGGUACCAUAUCAGCCGUAUCCCCAAGCAGCAGUUGGUUUCUAACCCCAACUUGUUGGCUGUCCCUGAGCUGUGCGAGGGUUUCCCCGUCUACGAAAUCGUUAAGAACCGCGACUUUGACAAAUGCCAAAAUCUGCCAAUCUUCAACUACAUCAGCACCCCUGGCAUGCAAUGCGAUCUUGUUAGCGGCGCUGGUUGCCAGAACGAGUGGGCGCACGUCGAUAUUGUCAGAAUCCUCGGUUGCAAAGUGAACGAGGAUACUUUCCUCGUCCAGCGCAUCAAAACCAUGGACCGUUUGGUUGCCAAGCCUUUGGCUUAUGAGACUGAGGCUCUUGAAGGUUUGACCAUCCAGCACUUCCAGCUGGUUGACAUCAAGAACCAAAACAGCGAAUACGCCAUGAUUAAGGUGCCCGCUGACGUUAAGCACUACACUUCCUUGACUUACGCUUACGACGAGGAGCACGCCACUCAGAGCUCUCGUAUGACCCAACCUGGUUUGCGCGAUGACAACUCGCCGUUGGUCAUGGAGGUUACCGACGAAAAGGCUGUCCAAGAGGCUGAUCGUCUAUUGAUGGAGAUUGUUCGUGAAAUCGAAGGCACUGAAUACUACAGUGAUCCCAGUGGCAAGUUUGUCGCUGAUAAGAUCGAAAUGUUGCGUAAAGCCAUUUCCAACUUGGAGUUCUCCGAGCUGUCCGCCUUCGUCGCCAAACACUUGAGCCAGGAAACCGAAGAAUGGAGCCCCGUCGGCCAGGUGAUCUUGGAUGCCUUGAUGCUUUCCGGCACCAACCCCUCAUUGAUGAUCGUCCGCGACUGGAUCCUUAAGGGUCGUCUCCAAGGUGAACAGGCCGUCCAGGCUAUCGCUAUGCUGCCCGCCACCGUCAAGACCCCCACCAAGCAGCUUCUGAUCAACUUGAUCGAAUUGAUGAAAUCCGAAGUGGUUGCAAGCCACAGAGACUUGAAGUUCGCCACUGCCUUGUCCGUCUCUCGUCUCGUCUACCAGGCCUGCAUCAACAGCACCAUGAGCGCUAACUUGUUCCCCAAAUUGGUGAUGGGCGAGUUCUGCUCUGUCCGCGAUCCUUUGGUUACCCGUCAAUUGGUUCCUUGGCUCACCGAACAACUGAAGAAGGCCACCGACGAUGUCGAGCGUAUCGCCAUGAUGGCUGCUUUGGGCAACAUCGGUCACGAGGUGAUCAUUCCUUCCAUCCUGCCACACAUCAGCAGCUGCGAACCCAGCAGCCACUAUGAAGCUCAGUGGUACGAGCGCCACCGCCGCGCCAUGCGCGACGACGAAGAGCCAAUGCUCAAGAAAGAAUGGAGAAAGAAGUGGUUGGCCUUCAAGAAAAAGAACUCGAAGAAAGACGCAUCCGUCGAGGAAUUGCUGGACCGCUUCGAGGAGGAACUCCGCAAGGAAAUGGAAGAAGAGCAAAAGGUGGGAAAGAGCCAUCGCCAACAUGAUAAGAAGAGCAAGACCGAACAGAAAAAGGAGAACAAGAAGGACAGCAAGAACAAGGCUAAGUUGAGCAAGAAGGAUGAAAAGAAGGAGCGCAAGUCAUCAAAGAAGGAAGAGAAAGAAGAGAAGGAAGAAGCUCAGGUAGAAGCCGUUUUGUUGGAAGAAAGAGAAGAAGCUAUUAAGAUGGCUGAAAAAGAAGAAAAGGAAGAAAUGAAAUCUAUCAAGAAGGAAGAAAAGGACGCCAAGAAAGAUGACAAAAAGGACCGCAAAUCGAUGAUGAAGGAGGAAAAACAGAAAAUCAAGGAUGAAAUGAAGGCCGAAGAAUCUGAAUUGGUUAACGAGAACUUUGAAUCCACUGAUGAGGAUGAGGUUGUCAUUGCCGAUCUCGAAGAAGAGUUGGAAGAAGAAGACGACUCGCUGUCGAUGGAAGACGUCGAAGAUAUGGCUGCUUGCAACAUUCUCCGCACCAAAGCCAUCUACGCUCUCUCCACCAUGGCCGUCAACAAGAACGAAAUCGUCGCCAAGAUCUUGAUGCCCGUCUACUUCAACAAAGCCGAGGAAACCGAGAUCCGUUUGGCCGCUCUGUCUCUGCUCUUCAUCAGCAACCCACCUGUGGCUUUCUGGGAACGCGUCGCUUUGAGCACCUGGGUCGAAACCAACGAUCAAGUUUCUCAUUACAUCUACACCACCAUCGCCAGUUUGGUGAGCAACAAAGAUCCCAAACGCCGCGACAUCACCCAACGCGCUGAAUCUGUUUUGCCCAUGAUGAAACCCAUGCGCUGGACUUCUUUCGUUUCGUCCAACUACCUGAAGGCCGGCUAUGACGAGAAGACCCGUCUCGGUUACUUGACCAAGACUGUCAACUUCCCCGGCUACGAAUCCUUCAUCCCGUCCAACCACUACAACAGCUUGUACCUUAACUUCGGACCCUGGUUCGUCCGUCUCUUUGACAUUUCCAUCAACAGCAAGCAACCCGAAAAGUUCCUCGAUAAAUUGCUGGGCAAACCUUUCCUUCGCGGAAAGUCCAACAAGGAUGAAUCUGCACACAGUCACCCCGACUUGGAAAAGAUCCACAAGGAGCUCAAAAUUGAAGCUCGUGCCACUGGCCAGCCCGAAAUCUUCGUCUACGUUAACUUCAUGGACAACUACCAACGAUUCUUGGCCAUCACCCCACUGAGCAUUGAGAAAAUGGUCGAGAAACUGAUCCGCAACAGUGUCGAGCGUGGCAUCAAGAGCGAGUCAUCCACCAGCUUCCACAAAGUAAUGCCCAUGAUCGACGCUUUCGUCCGCGUUCCAUCUGCUAUGGGUCUCGCUUACUCAGCUAUUGCUCAAGUUCGUCUCUUCGCCUCAGUCAAGACUGAAUCGAAAACCAGCCUGGAAUUCCAAUCGAUGAAGUCGAUCAAGGCUCAAGUCGAAGGCAAAUUGAUGCCCGUCUUGAACUUGGAUAUCAGCAGCAAAAUGACCGUUGAAGUUCCCUUCACCCGCUCUUACCCGACUGCCGGAGUUCACGUUGAAAUGUUCCUGGCUUUGCCUGGUCGCUUCUCCGUCACUGGCGAUAUGGACAAGGCCAACAUUGAGACCACCUGGGAAUUCUUGGGUGACAAACUGCGUCUGGCUCGUCACGCUGUCAUCCCUUACACCACCAUCCGCAAGCUGGGUGAUUACACUCCUUCCUUGCUCCUGGCCGAGACCAAACCCAUCAUGCUCCUCAGCAAACCUCUGCAGUCUGAAACUACUUAUGGCGAGAAAUCUCUGGGUAUGAGCCUGGUGGUGACCGAGCGUGGAGAUGUCCAGGCUAUGAAGAGCCCCAAAGCUUACAACCAGGACUGGUUCGGUUACUUGCUCUUCAGUGCUUUGCCAUCCACUCUUCGCUAUCACGAGACCAAUCUCUUCUUGGACCAGACUAAAUCUGAGACUAAGACCAUCAAGACCACCUUCUCACUUGCUACCAAAGAAACUGAUGAGAUCAACUCUGAAUUGUUGAACGAAGAAGAAUUCGAAAGCAAGAGCAUGCUGAAGAGAAAGAACGAAAAAAGUGUUGUCGAAGAAGCCGAGAGAAGAGAACGUAAAUUCCAACGUCUUUUCAAGUCGAUGGUCAAUCCCGUCGGUUACUCUUUGGACAUUGCCAUGGAGUUGGAAGGUAGCGCUAAAUCCCGUCUGUACGGUACCUCCCUAUCCUACGGAAUUGGUGAUUACGGCCGUUCGCAUCGCGGUAGCCUCAAGAUGGAGAAACGUCUCGAGUCCGAGGCUGAAGAAAACUUUGUUUUGUGUGUCGAUGUUGACGCCAAAUUGCCCAGACCUUCCGUCGUCCGUCGUGAAGAGUUCUUGCGUGACGAUAUCUCUCGUACCUCCUCCAUCAAGAUUGGUUUCGGCAAAUCUUGCACUGACGACCGAAAGAUCACCAUCAACGUAACUUUUAAAAAAAAACUAAUAAUUUCCAAAAAUCAUUUAAUAAAUCGUUUCGUUUUUCAGACUCAAAUGGCUCGUAGCGAAGACGAGAUGUUUUCAACUGUUCAAUCUCAGAUGCAAGAGCGCCAGUGUGCUAAACAGGAAUUGUUCGGUCGUGGAGUCAGUGAAGAGUGCUUGUCCACUCGCCGCUUGGCUGCCAUCCUCAACAAGGGAAUUGUGACCAUCGACUACAACGAGAUGCCCGGCUUCGUGCGCAACAUGACCAGUAAAGUAAGCAACCUCUUCCGUCGUUGGAUGGGCGAACACAUGUCCGACAACCAAGUGGAUGUUGAGAACACUGCUAACCAAAUCCGCAUUGAAACCGUCUACUACCCCAUCAUUGGAUCGAUGGAUUUGCGCGUCUACAAACCCGAAUCCAACACUUUCUACCACGGCAUCAAUAUCCACCCAUUGGCUGAAGCCGUACUUCCUUUUAAUCCUCGUCUGACCGCCUUCCGCGCCAUUUACGGUGGUCCCGGUCUCUGCAUGGUUGAUCGCGAUUCCGUAACUACCUACGACGGACUCACGUACAACACUUCCAUCGAAGGAUGCGAUCAGCUCAUCACCAAGGACUGUUCCGGUCGCUACAAGAUGGCCGUUUUGGCUCGCAAAGAAAACAACGCCAAGGUUGUGACUGUUUACCUCAACCGCGAAAAGAUUGAAAUGAACCCCGCUCAAAUGAAGGUCAAGAUCAAUGAGAUGGAGCACGUCUUCAGCGAGGCUGCCGGUGUUUACCAAAUCAGAGACGCCGAACAGCAAAUCAUGGCUCUUCUCCGCAUGACCAGCGAUGGAUUCAUCGAAUUGGAUUCGCCUAGCCACUUGAUCCGCGUAACUGUCAGCAAGGAAGAGGUCAUCCUGAUGAACUCCCCCAUUCACCGUGGCCGCUUGUGCGGUCUUUGCGGUUCUCAGACUGGUGACAAGAUCACUGAUUUGGCCGGACCCAAAAAGUGCCCCCUCCCUGAAACUUUGAUGAACGUCGCUUACGAGCUUAGGUACCCCGCUGGAUGCAAGAGCUCCCAUACCCCUGCCGACCAAGAAGUUUUGCGCCGAGUUCAAGAAAAAUGCAUCAAAGAAGAAUCGCACGCUGUUUUUGGACUCACCGAUAGACGCCCAAUGGCUCCCAUGUUCCAGCAGCGCGUCUUGUCAGUGGGCAUCCGCAGCGUCGAUACCGACUGCGAUCUCUCCCGCAACCGUAUGAUCCAUCGCGGACGUAAGCGCUGCUUCUCCGUCGAUCCGGCUCUCAAGUGCUCAGCCGGAUGCCAACCCGCUGAAUUCGAAUCUGUCAAGAUGGGUUUCCACUGUUUGGUGAAUGGCCCGCUUUCCGAUGAGUUGAGGGAUGCCUUGCCCAUUCGUCCGUUGGACGAGUUGGCUGGAAUGGAAGUCACCAAUAUGGCCGUGAUGCGCGUGCCCACUUCCUGCACUCCUGUUACUCCUACUCCAACCAAGGAUGAAAAGUCGCCUAAGUCGCACCGUCAUCAUUAAAUUCUAUACAGAAAUAUUCGAAAUAACUUGGACUAGGGAAUAAUGACUGGUUCAUUAAUUAAUUAAUUGAUUAUGAAAAAUAGUAAUUAAUAUAAUGUGUAUUUUAAUUGGGGAAAAAAUCUGUGGAAAUAAAAAAAGAUAUACAAUGAA